AUGCCGUCAAAAUACAGCAGUGGGAAGGUCUCGGAGGUGCAAUGGACAGAGUUUCAAUCCUGGAUGCAAACGCAAUUGAACCAGAAGUUCCGGGAGCAGGAAGCAAAGAUCAAGGAGGCCUUCGACGGCUUGAACAAUCGAAGUUGGCAAUUGGGCGAUGCACGAGCACGUGCAAUAAGUGAAAUGUCUGCAAGGCAUAGCAUGGGAGCGGACACGGAACUGGGCAUCAGCAGCACAUCGCUUCCCACAGUGCGGCUGGACGACUCGAUAGAAGUCGUGGCUCCCGUCUCUCCGCACUCCGAGCACUCGGACAUGAAGCAUACUCCUCACGUUACUCGUAUCUUGGGGAAGGAGGUGGUGAGGGAGAAGUUGAAAGCAAAUCAGCCCUUCAAGGCAUUUGUGAAGAAGGGCCUCGAUUUCUACAUGGCUCUUGUUGUUCUUGCCAACCUCGCUUGUAUCAUAGCCAUGACAGAGUGGACGGUGCAUCAGACGGACCUGGCACUAGGGCUGACUGAUGCAGAAUGGGCCGGUGCUUCUCUCGAGACCUUUGAACUUCUUGAAUACGUUUUCUUCGGCAUCUAUCUGCUGGACGUGCUUCUUCGCAUGGUCACUCUAAGGAGGGAAUGGUACUUUGACCAAAUGGAGGGUAUCAUGUACCUCAACAUCUUUGAUGGAGUGCUCGUCCUGAUAAACCUCUUCGAAUUGGUUGCACUUCCCGCGAUGCUUCUCGGAGGGGACCAGCAGCAGCAUGCGACCACCAUUCGGGUCAUCAAACUGGUGCGCAUCGUCCGAACGCUGCGCAUCUUCAAAACAGUGUCUCUUUUCCGGCAGUUACGCAUUCUGGUUGGAACUUGCUUCGCCAGCAUUGGGGCGUUGUUCUGGUCCAUGAUUUUAUUAAUCGUGCUGCAGAUUGGCUUUGCCCUGGCCAUCUGCCAGGCUCUACAACUUUUCAUUCUGGACACACAGGCAGACUUUGAAGCACGCAUGGAAAUGCAUUCGUAUUACGGAAGCUUUGCCAAAGCGCUAUAUACAAUGUUCGAGAUUACGUUUUCUGGCUCAUGGCCUGUUCGCGUGAGGCCUGUCAUCGAAAAAGUCGAUGCGUGGUACUCGGUUCCCUUCCUCGCCUACGUAACUUUCGUCGUCUUUGCAGUGAUAAAGAUCGUAACCGCCCUUUUCUUGAAGGAGACUCUGACCAGUGCAGCAAAUGAUGCUGAUAUGGUAAUGGAGGAUGCUCGACGCACGGCUCAGGACUAUCACUACAAGCUUCAAGAAUUAUUCCACUUGGCCGAUGACGACGGUGAUGGCAACCUUUCACGGGAGGAGUUCGUGGAAACAAUGAGCCUUCCUAGUGUGCAGCACUAUCUGAGGAUCCUUGACAUGAGCAUUCAAGACUGCAGGCCUUUGUUUGACAUUCUGGAUGACGGUGAUGGGCUUAUAACCAUCGCCGAGUUUGUGAAGGGCCUCUCUCAAAUCAAGGGCCAAGCUCGCGCGGUGGACAUUGUAAUCUUGCAGCGGGAAAAUGCCAAGCUCUUGGCAGAAUGCCAUCACAUUCGGAAAGACAUUGACCGCAUCCAAAGAACUUUACCGAGGAUGCUCCGCAGUGUGGCCUCUGGCCUCAGCGCAGCUUCCGGAGAGUCAGAAACCGUUUUCACAGCAUGA